UUGUUGGAGUAAAUGGCCAUUUGGUAUAUCCGAAUACUUCUCAUAUGGAUAUUGUGCAAAUUAUUCAAAGAGAACCUCUCCGAACAGAAUUACUUGUUGCAUCUGAACAAGUUGAUCGUUUUUAUAAAGAAUAUGGACUUGCAUUCUCUUAUGACUACGUGCAAUUUUAUGACCCCGUUGUUAUGCGCAAUGGAAAUGGGAAACCCCCACAGUUGGGUGGAGCAGCUGCAACUCGUCCCAAACAAUCCCCCAAUGCUGUGAAGGUGAACAGACUUGUUUUAGCUUUUUUAAUUUUCUGGUUUCAGAACCAAAAUUAUGAAAAAGGAAAAGCUGUGCAAAGGAGUAGAAGUGGGAGUCGAUCUGUGGAAAGGAACCCUUCUAAUAAAAAUGUAAAAAUUAAUAUUAAAUAUACUAGAGACCGGACUUGGACGGUUAUACAGCAAUUGAGUUCGUAUCUCAAAAAAUACCGAUCUCGAUACUGAGAUUUUUGUUUGAGGUAGCUUAAUGCUACGAUUACUUGGCUUAAUUAACAAGCUAUAUUGGCCUCUGGUUACAGUAACAUCUGGAAAUAAGGCAGGAGAAUAUUAUUCCAGCAUUAAGCAUCCCCCAUUUCCACCAUCUUAUACCGACUUCCCCUUUCUGCUU